UUAAUUAGGUGUUGCACAACAUGGUGGACAUAAUGGGGAAUUGCAACUUUUGCAUAGCUCAGUGAUUUCGGGAUUAUAUAAAGCAACUCAAGCUCUUUCUCUUCAAAGCAGUAAUGGCAGAGAAAGGAGAGAGCACUGAAGCUAAAGGAAUGAGCGAAAGAAGAGAAGAAACGAGGAGUGACAUUGUUGAUCCUGAUCACCGUGAAGACAGAAAGAAGAAUAGAAGUAGCCAAUCUCACUCUCACGGACAAAGAAGAUACUAUCACAGACACUACUACUCAAGAUAUGAUAAGACGGUAGAUGAGAGAGGAAGUGACAUCAAACAAAAUGAAGAGAGCAUCAGUAAUGAUCAUUAUUAUCAUCAUGGAGCAUAUCAAGGGAGAAAUAGAGGGAGGAGGAGCAGGGGGAGGAGGAACAAUGGAGGCAGAAAUGAAACUGAAACAAAGACGGAGGAGACCAGAGGAAGCAUGGAAGGAAAGAGAAGAGAAGAGAGAGACCAUGAUGAAAGAAAAGGAACAGAAACUGAUAAAAUAGAAGUUGGGAGAAGGAACCCAGAAAGAAGAAUACGUGAGACUGGGGAGGAGGGGAGGAGAGGGGACAAGGAGAGGUGGAGGAGGAGGAGGAGGAGGAGGGGUGAGGAACGGAAUGAGAGACAGGGGGAACAUCAAACAGGACAAAGAACUGACCUGGAUGCACAUGAGAGCACCUGUGUUGAUAUUAGCGUCAAGGAUCUUAGAACCAAAACCGACAAGGAAGCAAGUGAUGAAUCAAAAGAGACCAAUGAAGACAAGAAUAGAGAAUAUGAAAGAACGAAAUUACCUGACACUAGUGAGACUAGUACUGCUGAUAAAGAGAGUGUUAGGAGGAGAGAAAGAACUGAUGAAAAAGAAGUUGUACAACAUAUCAUUCAUACUACUAGGAACAAAGGAAACAGGAAACAUGGUGAUCCAGAUGAGGGACAUGAUAGAAGUAAGAGGAGUACGUCUAGAUACUCUCGGGAUAAAGAACAAAGAGGAUAUACUAGAGAUAGUUAUGGACAUUAUAGACACUGGCAAAACAAUGACAGAGAAAGUACAUUUAUUGGUAGACAGAGUAUUAAAAUGGAUGAAGCUACUGUGAAGACUGUUACAGUGGAUUUUAAAAUGGCUGACAUUGAUGAUUUAAAGAUGGCCGCCACUAGCGACCCUUGUAUUUCUAAAAAGGAUGUUUCCUCAACUCAAAGUCACGAGCUGAGUCAGCAGUUAUUGGGCGGAGUUUACGACUGCAGCGUUUGCUGCGAUCGGCUCAGGUACAACCAGGAGGUGUGGUCUUGUGGCACAUGCUAUAACAUAUUUCAUCUGAAGUGCAUUAGGAGGUGGGCUCACUCUUCAGCUGCAGCUGCUUCUGAAGGUAACCCAGAGAAAGGUUGGAGAUGUCCAUGUUGUCAAACUGUCUCUUUGAUUAUCCCGUCCGUAUACAAGUGCUACUGUGGAAAGGUCAACAAUCCUGGACAAUCUAGAAAGAAGAGUGACCUUCUCGUUCCUCAUUCUUGUGGCGAGAGGUGUGGGCGGAGACUUGCAAAGUCCUUGGAGACGACAUGUCGUCACAAAUGUCAGCAGCUGUGUCACCCUGGUCCCUGCCCACCUUGUCCUGUGAUGGUGUAUAGGACCUGCCCGUGUGGAAAAGAAAGCUCUUAUGUCCGCUGUAGUCGAUAUGAUGUCCUUCCUUCUUGUGGUAAUGUUUGCGACAAGAUGCUCAACUGUUCCAAACACAGAUGUGCUGAUAUCUGUCACACAGGCCCGUGUCCCAAAUGUGAAGUCUCAGUAGUUGAAGACUGUCACUGUAAGAGAGGUAGGAGGAGCCUGUCUUGUGGUGAUGAUUUGUGUGGUUAUUCGUGUGGAAAACUGUGUAACAGACCUCUUUCUUGUGGCAACCACACUUGUGAGCUGCCAUGUCACCCUGGUGAUUGCUCGCCCUGUUCUCUUCUUCCUUCAGCUGUUUCUCACUGUCCUUGUGGAGCCACGCCCAUUUCAAUGCUCCUCCCAGAGGGUGUGGUCAGGACGUCUUGUUUGGACAAUGUUCCUGUUUGUGAUAGAAUGUGCUCCAAACCUUUGCCGUGUUCGUCGUAUAGCGAAGAAAACACUCAUUUAUGUCAGAGCAAGUGUCACUCUGGUCCUUGUCCUCCAUGUUCCCUAAUGUCUACUGCAAUAUGCAGCUGUGGUCGUUCACAGACCAAAGUCCCUUGUCAUCAAAUCAGCGAGAAAGAAGGUUUCAUCUGCAAGAAAAAUUGCGGAAAGAAACUCAACUGUGGUCGUCACCAUUGCAACAUUAAAUGCUGUACAUCCGAUAGUCAUAUUUGUCAGCGGGUCUGUGGACGUAAGCAUGACUGUGGGCGCCACACAUGUAAAGAUACCUGUCAUCUGGGGAUGUGUGGGCCUUGCUGGAACAUUAGUUAUGAAGAGUUGGCCUGUCACUGUGGUGGUGAGGUAUUGCUCCCUCCUAUACCUUGUGGGACUGAGCCGCCAUCUUGUAACAGACCCUGUGCCAGGAUCCACUCGUGUAACCAUCCAGUGACUCAUACUUGUCAUAAUGAUGAGUCCUGUCCUCCGUGUAUAUUCCUCACUGAGAGACCCUGCAUGGGAGACCAUACCACGAGACAGAACAUCCCCUGCUAUUUGAAAGAGGUUUCUUGCGGCCGACCCUGUGGGCGGAGCCUCUCCUGUGGGAUGCACACUUGUCGUAAAACCUGUCACAAAGGACCGUGUGAGGAAGAUACGGAGAGAUGUAAGCAACCUUGUACAAAGGUGAGAGAGUUCUGUGACCAUCCUUGUGGUCAACCCUGUCAUAUUGGGAGCCAUUGCCCUGAGACACCUUGCAAAGCAAAGGUCAGUAUUGAGUGUCACUGUGGAAGACUCAAAGCUCAAGUAAUGUGUUUAGCCAGUGCCUCAUCCACUACAAGUCAGGCAUUCCACAAAUUGUAUGGUGGUAAUAUCGGUACCCUGAUGAGGGAGAUACAGAGUGGACAAUGUGUAAAAGUUGAUAGUAUCACAUUGAAAAACGUUCAAGAAAGAAAGUUGGAUUGUGAUGAAGAAUGUGCUCAAAUGGAAAGAAACCGUAAACUAGCUGAAGCUUUGGAGCUUGAUGUUGACCACACCCCUCACACUCCUCCUCAGUACUCCUCCUUCCUGUUAGACCAAGCAAAGUCCGACCCAUCCCUUGUGGUCCACAUUGAGGAAACCUUUAAAAACCUAAUAGAGUCCUUCAAAGGAUCGACAGGACGAGCAGCUGUAUCUCAUCACUUUAAACCGAUGAAGAGAGACCAGCGAAGACUAAUACAUGAACUAGCCGAAGUGUAUCAACUAUCCAGUCUCAGUUACGACUCGGAGCCAAAGAGAAACGUCGUCGUCAUGGCAACAAAGAAGUCAAUGCUACCAUAUAUGACGCUGAGUCAGAUGACAUCUCGUGUUAAGGUAAUGCCUCCUCCACUGCCGCUGAAGCUAAGAAGAGAAGAAGAUGAUGAAGAUACUACCGAAGCUAUUGUACCUGAUUACUUUAAUGACUCAAAUGUAUGACGCCAUCAUUGAGAUCUGUAAAAUAAUAAUAAUAAUAAUCUUUUAUUUAUGAUUCAUUAUAAAGAAA